GGAACAUGUUUUCUGAGUUAAGCUCUCGCUAGCCGUUGCAUCGAUUCUUGAUCUCUCUCGCAGUGCGUGGACACUCCGUUCUUCGUGAAGGCGUCUUUGCACACGCCUUUCUCGAAGAAUUUGUUCGACUUGUCUCGAAGAAUUUGUUCGACUUGCCUCGAAGUUCUUUUCACCAUCAGCGAUCGCCUCCGAUCCGGACUGUUCUCCGUUCUUUGCUUUCUCCGCUAACACCCAAAUCACCCGGCGAAAAUGAGAGAGUGCAUCUCGAUCCACAUUGGACAGGCCGGUAUCCAGGUCGGAAAUGCGUGCUGGGAGUUGUACUGUCUAGAGCACGGUAUUCAGCCUGAUGGCCAAGUGCCGAGCGACAAAUCGGUCGGUGUUGGUGACGAUGCCUUCAACACUUUCUUCAGUGAGACCGGAGCUGGAAAGCACGUUCCGCGUGCUAUUUUCCUCGAUCUGGAACCAACUGUGAUCGACGAAGUCCGCACCGGUACCUACAGGCAGUUGUUUCACCCCGAGCAACUUAUCAGUGGGAAGGAGGACGCUGCCAACAACUUCGCCCGUGGUCAUUACACCAUUGGUAAGGAGAUUGUUGAUCUGUGCCUUGACCGUAUAAGGAAGCUCGCCGACAACUGUACCGGUCUCCAAGGUUUCUUGGUCUUCAAUGCUGUUGGUGGAGGCACUGGGUCCGGUCUUGGGUCUCUUCUUCUCGAGCGCCUGUCUGUCGACUACGGAAAGAAGUCCAAGCUGGGAUUCACUGUGUACCCCUCUCCACAGGUCUCUACUUCUGUGGUCGAGCCAUACAACAGUGUGCUGUCUACUCACUCGCUUCUUGAGCAUACGGAUGUGUCCGUUCUCCUCGAUAACGAGGCCAUUUACGACAUCUGCCGUCGCUCGUUGGACAUCGAGCGUCCUACCUACACCAACCUCAACAGGCUGGUUUCACAAGUCAUCUCAUCCUUGACUGCAUCCCUUCGGUUCGAUGGUGCUCUCAAUGUGGAUGUCACAGAGUUCCAGACCAAUCUGGUGCCUUAUCCUAGGAUCCAUUUCAUGCUCUCUUCUUACGCGCCGGUCAUUUCUGCUGAGAAAGCUUACCACGAGCAGCUGUCCGUCGCUGAGAUCACCAACAGUGCCUUCGAGCCUGCAUCCAUGAUGGCGAAGUGCGACCCUCGUCACGGGAAGUACAUGGCUUGCUGUCUCAUGUACAGGGGAGAUGUUGUCCCUAAGGACGUGAAUGCAGCUGUCGCGACCAUCAAGACCAAGCGAACAAUCCAGUUCGUGGACUGGUGCCCCACUGGUUUUAAGUGUGGUAUCAACUACCAGCCCCCAACUGUGGUCCCAGGAGGUGAUCUUGCCAAGGUCCAGAGAGCAGUGUGCAUGAUCUCUAACUCCACAAGUGUCGCCGAAGUAUUCUCCAGAAUCGACCAUAAGUUCGAUCUGAUGUAUGCCAAGCGUGCGUUUGUGCACUGGUACGUGGGAGAAGGUAUGGAGGAGGGAGAGUUCUCUGAGGCUAGGGAGGAUCUUGCUGCCCUCGAGAAGGAUUACGAAGAGGUCGGUGCCGAGUCUGCCGAUGGAGAUGGCGAGGAUGGUGAGGAUGAGUACUGAAAACCGAUUUCUCUGAGUACGCUGUGCAGCACCUAACUGUAAUAUACUUUCUACUGCACAAGAUCAGUCCAUUGCCAAUCCAGUUUUCUACUCGAUAACUCUAGUUUGGACGAGCACAUGGUUCAAUAUUUUGGGUGGUUAGUGUGUGCAACCUCAGUAAGUUGAGCUAGCUAAAUUCACUGUACUCCAAUGCUAUCAAUUUUCAACAUGAACAGAAUGAACUACGCUACAAUCAUCGUUUAUCCCGC